AUGGCUCAUUGUUGUCCCAAGGCUGUAUCUUUUUUUGGUGUGGUACAACGAAUAUACUCAUUAUUUUUAGCUUCUACAAAAAGAUGGAAAGUAUUUAGAGAUCAUGUACAUGGUCUCACUGUUAAGCCAUUAUCAGAAACGCGUUGGGAAAGUUGUGUUGACAUUGUUAAAGCAAUAAGAUUCCAAUAUCCACAAAUAAAAGAAGCUUUAAAUUACUUGGCAGAAAGUAAUGAAGAUGCCAAAACAAAAAGUAAUGCUGAGACUUUAGCAACAUAUAAUGUUCAUAAUUUUGAGUUCUUGGUGAGUAUGGUUCUUUGGUAUGAUUUGUUGUUUGCUGUUAAUACUGCUAGCAAGAUCCUACAAAAUGAAGAUAUGCAAAUUGAUGUUGUUAUCAAAGAGUUAAAGAUUCUACUUUCAUUUCUUCAAAAGUAUAUAGAAACUGGUUUUGAGAAUGCUUUGACUAAAGCUAAUGAGAUUGCAAGUGUGAUGGAAGUUGAACAUGUGUUUAUUGAAAAACAAAAAGUUUACAGGAAAAAACAAUUUGAUGAAAGUGUCAAUGAGGGGGUGACACAAACAGCAACAGAGUCUUUUAAAAUUGACUAUUUUCUUUGCAUAAUUGAUCAAGUUAUUUCAUCAUUUAAAACCAGGUUCGAACAAUUUCAGAGUUUUGAGGAGAAUUUUGGACUAUUGUUUGAUUUUGAGAAAUUAAAGUCUGCAGAUGAUGACACUUUGAAGAAUUUUUGUAUCAAUCUUACAAACUUAAUGAAGCAUGGUGAGAUUUCAGACCUUGACAAUGAUGACCUAUACCAAGAGUUAUAUAUGUUGCGUCAAAGUCUACCAAAAGAAACCAAAAGAUCUAUCGAUGUGUUGAGCUAUAUAAAAGAAGUGGAUAGUAGUUAUCCAAAUGCUUGGAUUGCUUUUAGGAUUUUUCUAUCUAUUCUGGUCACCGUUGCCCAUGCAGAACAGAGUUUUUCCGAAUUGACCUUGAUCAAAUCUUAUUUCCGUUCAACCAUGUCUCAAAAGAGAUUAAGCGGUUUAGCUAUGUUAUCCAUUGAACAUGAUUUAGUUGCAAAACUUGAUUAUGUAAAUUUAAUUAAUACUUUUGCAUCUAAAAAUGCAAGACGUAUAAUAUUUAAGUAA